AUAGAGUUAUCAAAUCACGGCGGAGAUUCGUCACAAAAUAUAAACGAAUUUUCAAAUAGCACUUCGUCAAGUACAGCUCUGAAACAUCUGCGCUUUCUCCGUGUUUUGUCAAAAAGUACAAUGGAUACGUACGAAAGUGUAUUGCUCGUAAAGAGUGAAGUAUUUAUGUUUAAAAUACCACCAAGGUCAAUGAAUAGGGGUUAUCGAGCAGCUGAUUGGAACCUCCAAGAGCCUACAUGGACUGGCCGUAUGCGUCUUGUAUCUCAAGGAAAUUUAACAGCUAUAAAACUUGAAGAUAAGAUUACGGGUGAAUUAUUUGCCAAAUGUCCAAUUGAAAAAUAUCCAGGCAUUGCAGUCGAGCCAGUCACAGAUUCUUCACGUUACUUUGUUCUAAGAAUUCAGGAUGAUAAUGGACGAUCAGCCUUUAUUGGAGUUGGAUUUUUGGAUAGAUCGGAUAGUUUUGAUUUAAAUGUUGCACUUCAGGAUCAUUUUAAGUGGCUUAAAAAUCAAGAACAAAUAGAAAAGGAAAAGGAUGAACCGAAACAGGAGCUAGAUCUCAGAUUCAAAGAAGGGGAAACCAUAAAAAUCAACAUGAAAAUUACUAAAAAGGAUGGCAGUGAAGUCUCUUCCAAGGCAAAGCAGCGUCCAAAUGCAGGUAUUGGUUUGCCUCCUCCACCAGGUGGUGUAAAAAUUGCACCACCUCCAGCCAAAACUCCAACUUCAUCCCCUGCACAUAAACCUGCUCAAAACCAAGCUACAAGUUCUGAAUGGGGAGAAUUUGCCAGUGCGUCACAACAACCACAAACCCAACAGCAACAACCGUCAACAGUAGGCAAUUCUAGUUGGGUACAAUUUUAA